UGGUACACGGGUCAACGCACUGCUGUUGGCGCAUGUUGCGUAUCGAGGGAGGCGAAGGAUAGCAAGAGAAGGGAGAGAGAGCUAGAUUAUCGCCUACUGAAGGCCAGUCUAUUUAGUACUGGAACCUGACUGGGGGAGACAAUGACCGAAAAAGUGGAUCCCCGCGAAUUCGAGAAGAAGACGCAGGACGAGCUGGACGAUAUCCUCAACAGCGCGCUGGACGAUCUUGAGGACGAUGAGGACUUCGCCACGGCGGGGACAGACGACCGGAUGCAGGGGGUGGGGGACGCCCAGGGCAUCAAGGCCAUGGAGGACGACGAAGAAGACCGAGCGGCCAAAACCCUGCAGACUCUCAUGGACGACUUUUCCAACCCUGAGAUAGCCGACUCCCUGGAGAAGGCGUUCCGACACCUGGGGGGGCACGCGGAGGGGGAGGAUCUCCUGGGGGAGAGCCUGCGGGCGGCGAAGGCGGCUGAAAAGGAGGAGGCGGAGAAAAAAGCGAAGGACGCCGGAAAGACCGAUCCAACUGACAGCAAACGACAGGGAGCACCGGAUAGACCAGACGACAACCGACCACCUGCAGCUGCUAGUGCUGCUGCACCAGCAUCAGGAGGGGCAGGGGUAGCGGCGGGCGAGUACGGUUUUGGAGAGGGGGAGGGGGGUACGGAUAUGGAUCGGACGAUUUUUCGGACGCUGGAAAUGCUGUCGAAGAGUGGAGCGGAGAUGGAAGGGCAGGAGGCGGCGGCGAUGGAGGGGGCCGGGGAGGAUAUGAUGCGACAAAUGAUGGGAGAGUUCGGGAAGAUGGGAGAGAAAGAGGAUUACAACGGGGUCAUGGACAACAUCAUGCAGCAGCUGCUGUCGAGGGAGUUGAUGUACGACCCGAUCAAGCAGAUCUGCGAUACCUACCCGGAAUGGCUGGCGACACACCGAGAGAGGUUAGCGCCAGCUGACUACCAGCGGUACGGCCAGCAGUAUCAGAGCUUUCAGAGAGUUCUCGCCGUGUACGAGACGGAGCCGGACAACUUUCCUCGAUUAAUGGAGCUGAUGCAGGAUAUGCAGGAGCAUGGUCAGGUGCCCGCGGAAAUCAUCAAGGAGUUGGCACCAGGAUUGGAAUUCAACGCGGAAGGGGCGCCGAUCAUGCCCAACGUCGGGGAGGGAAUGAUGCCCAACCUCCCGGGGUUCCCGAUGGGCGAGGGCGCAGAAAAUUGCUGUGUCAGCUAGGGCUGUCCUUGUUGAGCCAGAACGCUUUCGCGAGCUUGACCCUUCUGCGUAGCGUAGCCUAGGGUAGGGCUGUGCGCCCGAGACGCACUACACUUAUCAUGUCGCGAAGCGAGGCGUUGUAAAGUUUGUAUGUAUGUGUGUUCAAAGCCCUUUCAGCCAAAGGAAGAAACAUUCAUACGAAACAGCGCCGACACCGCAUGUGCCGGUGCCGGAUAGACGUACCAAGUGCUGGGUCGGUGUAGAUUGUUGUAGCACUUCGCGACAGCCUUGCAAGAAACAUCGAAGAAGCAAUUGGGCACACGACCCAUUCUGUGUACUGUCGGCGAAGUCGGAAGCGCGAAGCAACGUUGUAGACGUGAUGGGGGUACACGUACAGGGUCGCGUCGACACGUUACGGAGUGGACCCCUGGAACGAAUGAAUGGAACGUUCCUUAUUUCGGAGGAAGUAGAUCGCUGAAAGUGCGUUGCCGCACGCGAGGAACUGGUACAUCUCAUUUCGUUUUGUCAGGAACAAGGAGAACAAGG